UGAAAAAAUAAUUUUUGAAUUCCAAUUUUUUUUUCAGUUUAAACAAAAAGUAAAAUUGAAUAAAGUUUCUGCUCCCAGUUUCACUCCAUUCUCCCUCAUGAAGUCUCGUUUGUCUUUCUAGACGAUGGUGCUGGUUGGAUGUCAACCUGAUCUUGUGUUGCGUUAAAAACACGUCAAACCAGAUGUUUCUCACACUUAGCCAGAUGUUUCUCAUGCCUGGCCUCCACGUCAGGUUCAUGUCCUCCAGGUCAGGUUCAUGGCCUCCAGGUCAGGUUCAUGUCCUCCAGGUUAGCUCCAUGUCCUCCAGGUCAGCUUCAUGUCCCCCAGGUCAGGUUCAUGUCCUCCAGGUCAGGUUCAUGUCCCCCAGGUUAAGCUUCAUGUCCUCCAAGUCAGCUUCAUGUCCUCCAGGUCAGGUUCAUGUCCUCCAGGUCAGCUUCAUGUCCCCCAGGUUAAGCUUCAUGUCCUCCAAGUCAGCUUCAUGUCCUCCAGGUCAGGUUCAUGUCCUUCAGGUCAUCCCCUCCAGGUCAGCUUCAUCCCCUCCAGGUCAGGUUCAUGUCGUCCAGGUCAGGUCAGGUCCUACAGGUCAGCUUCAUGUCCUCCAGGUCAGCUUCAUCCCCUCCAGGUCAGGUUCAUGUCCUCCAGGUCAUGUCCUCCAGGUCAGCUUCAUCCCCUCCAGGUCAGGUUCAUGUCCUCCAGGUCAGGUCAGGUCCUCCAGGUCAGCUUCAUGUCCUCCAGGUCAGCUUCAUCCCCUCCAGGUCAGGUUCAUGUCCUCCAGGUAAGGUCAGGUCCUCCAGGUCAGCUUCAUGUCCUCCAGGUCAGCUUCAUCCCCUCCAGGUCAGGUUCAUGUCCUCCAGGUCAGGUUCAUGUCCUCCAGGUCAGGUCCUCCAGGUCAGCUUCAGGUCCUCCAGGUCAGCUUCAUGUCCUCCUUCAUGCAGU